AUGAAGUGGGCUGCUAUUGUAACGGCGGCGUUGCCUUUGGCUGCGGCCUCUGGCUUCACACGCGCCGAGUAUGCGUCGGGAGAAGUCAUGGAGCUCAUGAUGCAGGGAAAAGAGUCCGCAUGGGCCAAGGCACGGGCUGCUGGCAAGUACGACAACAAGAAAUGGAACGGCUUCCACAAGAAGCGUGCCAAUAAACACAAGAUUGAGUGUAAAAAUGGUCGCGUGGAGGCCGUGAAAGGCGACGCAGAUCAGACGUACAAAUGCCGCAACAUUGACUUGUACGACUUCAAGACACACGAAGAGCUCGGUGACGCCAUUGGCGAGGGCUCUGGUUCGUGGGGAUGGAGCCACAAAGGCCGUGACUUUAUUGCCAUUGGCCAGACUUAUGGUGCUUCCUUCUCCGAGAUUACCAAGGAUGGUCAGCUCGAAUACCUUGGCCGCCUUCCCGCCAACAACGACUCUGUCAUCUGGCGCGAGAUCAAAAAGGUCGGAGAUCACCUCAUCGUCGGAUCCGAGGGUGCCGGCCACCAUGUUCAGGUUUUCGACAUGAAGAAGCUGCUCAAGCUUUCGCCCAAGAAGCCUUACACUUUUGAUAUCCACAAGGAUGUUGCUCUCGUGGACAUCAACCAGGGCAUCAAGGGACGUACGCACACUGUCAUCGCCAACGAAGAGCUCGGCUAUGCAGUCGCCUGUGGCUCGGGUGGUCGCGCCGGCCGCAACGACACUUGCGCCGGUGGCCCCAUGUUCAUCAACAUGGACGACCCCACAGCCCCUUAUGUCGAGGGCUGCGCGCCCCAAGACGGCUACUGCCACGACAUGCAAUGCAUCGUCUACCGUGGCCCGCACAGAAAGUACUACGGCCGUGACAUUUGCUACGGCUACAACGAGGACACGCUGACCAUUUACGACGUCACCAACAAAAAAGGUGUCGGGGCCGCUGCCAUCAUCUCGCGCACAGCCUACGUUGGCGCCUCCUACACCCACCAGGGCUGGGUCCUCGAUCCAAACUGGCAAACCCAUCUCGUCAUGGACGAUGAACUCGACGAGGGCCAAAUCGAUCCCAAUCGCACGGCCGUCGGAUCCCCAGCCAAAGACGGCUUCGCCGUAACCUACGUAUGGGACAUCCAGAACCUUGAAGCCCCCAAGAUGACGGGCCUGUACAAGACUGGCGUCCGCUCCGUCGACCACAACCAGUAUGUCUACGACGGUCUAUCUUACCAAUCCAACUACCAGGCCGGCCUCCGCAUUCUGGACGUCAGCUCCAUUCCGCGCUUCCCAGAUGCGUCCAAGGUCGAGGAAAUUGCCUUCUUUGACGUGUACCCUCCUGAUGACGCGCAACCCGGUGGUGGCGAUGCACUGUGGGAUGCCGGGACCUGGUCGGCCUAUACUUUUGACUCUGGUUACAUUGUCAUCAAUACUAUUGACCGUGGUGUCUUUGUCGUUAAGCCCAAGUGGGGCAAGGGCAAGGGCAAGUACUGGAGGAAGUAG